GGACACGUUUUGGCAACGGCUUCACGACACUAAAACCCUGGAUCGCCCAGCCCACACCCUCGCCUCUCCUCCGUUUGACCUUUUCCUUUUACUUUGACAACGAUGGCUCAGAUACGCGGCACGGCUGGUUAUCAUCUGGGCAACCAGAGCCCCUUCGGCAACGCUGGGCGAAGUGAUGAUCGCGCAGACGACCCCAGCCCGCUGGAUGCAAUUCGAGAACAAACCAGCAAGAUCGAAGACUGGUUAGAUACGCUGUCGGACCCGAUUAAGCCCUAUCUACCCGCAAUCGGCCGCUUCUUGAUCGUUGUCACAUUCAUAGAAGAUGCGCUCCGAAUUAUCACUCAGUGGCGCGACCAGCUCACAUAUCUCCACGACUACCGGCACAUACCGAAUGGUCUGACCCACCUCUUCCUCAUCGUAAACGUCAUCGUCAUGAUCUGCUGCUCCUUCAUGAUCAUAGUCCGGAAACACUCUGACUAUGGUGUCGGUGGGCUCAUUGGUGUCGUCAUUCUUCAAGGCAUUGGAUAUGGACUGGUCUUUGACCUCAACUUUUUCCUGCGCAACUUGUCGGUCAUGGGAGGGCUGCUCAUGGUCUUGUCGGACUCGUGGGUUCGGAAGAAGUUCGCACCGGCGGGCUUGCCGCAACUUGAUGAGAAGGACAGGAAGAUGUACUUCCAGCUUGCUGGUCGCAUUCUGCUCAUCUUUCUCUUCGUCGGGUUUGUUUUCAGGGGUGAUUGGAACUUCUGGAGGAUUCUGGUCAGCAUAAUCGGAUUUGGGGCUUGCGUGAUGGUUGUCGUGGGAUUCAAGGCCAAGUGGAGCGCCAUUAUGUUGGUCGUCAUUCUCAGUAUCUUCAACAUCCUGGUCAACAACUUCUGGACGCUCCACCCCCACCAUCCCCACAAGGACUUCGCCAAGUACGACUUCUUCCAGAUCCUCUCCAUUGUCGGUGGUCUCCUCUUGCUGGUCAACAUGGGUCCCGGCCAGUUCAGUGUCGACGAGAAGAAGAAGGUCUACUAGAUGUACCCUCAAAGCAGUGAUUUUCCCGACUUCCUUCAGCAUACUGGCGCAGGAUCGAACGACAUAUAUGAACAUCGUGCUCAUUCAUCGAUUACAGGAGUGAUAGCUUAUGACGGGACGGGAAUGGAAGGAGAAUACGCCUAAAAUACGGCCAGCAACUUAGCAAGGAGUCCGUGGGUCGGGCUGGUGUGUAGACUAUGAUUAUCCAUUUGGCGUUUGUAUCUUGCAAUUGGAGUACCGAUUGCAAGAAAAGGAAAUUGAUCCACUUUUGGAAUUACCACUCUGUGUCACCCAGACUGGCCCAAGAGUCAAGUCCAUAGACCACUUAAGGCAACAAUUCCGGAAUGCUAAUU